AUGGACAGCCGGGUGGAUCAAGUCAUCAAGGUCGCGAUCACUCAGACUGGAGGGAUCGAAGAUAUCAUCAAGACGAUCGUUGGCCAGGUCACGCAAGGGAUUCGCCGUGAGAAUGACACACUCAAAGUCAACCUAGAGGACGCCAAUCUCAAGAUCGAGUGGCUCGAGAGUCUGAUGAAGAACGAAGAGCAAGACAAAGUGCGGGCUUUGCAGACACAGCGUGCACACUACUUGCAAAUUGGAGGCCCUGAUUUCCAGCGCAUGGUCAAUGAGCAAGAGAUGCAAAAGGCUAAGGAUGUUGACGAGGUAGCUUUGCUCGAAGCGCAGUAUCUCGGUGAUCGUUCCCGCGGACUCGGCUAUGCUCACAUCUGGGCCAAGAUGCUAUCUUCCGCUCAGGUUGCCCAGUACGUACGAGCCAAUGAUGCCUUCCCACCGUCACCAUACGACGUGACGGCUACUCUUCGGACAGAAGAUGCCCCUCCCUCUGCGCGUGCUCGGUCCUCGACGACCAUGGACCCUGACGCUCGAUCAUUCAACCCUAGCCAUGACUCGAACGCCGGCUCAAACAAGCCGCCGAUCGACUCCUUGGCUGUCGCGCCUGCCCCACGCGUGUUUGGUCUCCGGAACCCUUACACUAAUCGUUACGAUAGUCCCUUCUUCUGCCCCAAAUGUCGCAAACACUUGGCCUUGAACUACUCCUGGGAUCACUACAAGAAUUGCAAAGGUCCGGACGCUGCCGUUGCUUCUUUGCCUGAGCCGCACAUGCCAAACGUCCGGGCUGGUUUGUCCACUUCGCACGACCUGGACGGUCCCAUCACGCGGCGCCCUGAGAGUGCGGACUACUGCUUGACCCGCCGCGCCCCUGGUCACUCUCCCAAGUCUGCCGGUACGAAGUCCGCCGAGUAG